CGGCAACCUUGAUGGGAGGGAAGACUGACCUGCUACUCACUCUCAAUAACAACGUCCUCUCCCACCAACCAAUCAAUCAACCGACCAGCACGCACCGCACUGCUUGUUGUCUUGCUUCUUGGUGGUUGGCUUCCUCCUUCGGCUCGCCAGCUUGGUGGCGGCAACGGGCACAGGGUGCUCCUGUCCAAGGGGGAUGGCAAAACAAAAGAUGCCGCGGUGCGGUCCUUUGUCAUCAUUGUUGUUGUUGGACACCACAGCGCCAGUGGUUGUGAUGUUGUUGCUUCUUGUGCCGCUGAUGUCGCUUGGGUUGUCCUCAACGCUGUGCAGUGCCAGCGGUAGCGAACAUGGCGACUCCCCGCCCGUUCUUCAGACCGUCGUCACUGCGCUCGAGCAAGUCACUGCCGACAUUAGUCUACUGGAAACGCGAGUGCAAGAGGAGAACAGGCACUGCUUAUGGUGGCCAAUUGAUGCAGCCCAGGCGAUAAUUCGGAUACGCUGCCUUUUCCCAAAGCAGGAGGCCAAGUCGAGGAUACGGCUGGUCCUGCUGUCGGACAACUGGCGCCUGAUACCGUGGAUGUGGGACGUGGAGCUGGGCAGCCUGCGGUGCCGGUAUUUCCAGCGCAAGCAGCGGCCGUCCUUGGUCAUGGCCAACGUGCGCAACGAACUGCAUGACGAGGAGCAGACCCUCAUCUCCUGCAGUCUGGACUCAAUUCAAAGCGUUGGUCCCAUUGCCUUGAACAUUACAGCCAUCUUCCCUUCAUACCCAAAAUCAGUGCCAGAGUGGCAGUCGUCCUUGUCUAUUGUUAUCCAGGAGGACCUGUACUCGCUAUGAGGGAGACCCAUCAGGCACCUGUGACCCUUCAUUCAGACUGCCGCGUGUGGCAUUGUGACGUGGAGGUGGAGGAAGAGGAGGAAGAGGAGGAAGAGGAGGA